AACAAACAGGAACCUAUUAUUGAGAGAGAGAAGUAGACAGAGGAGAGAGUGUGUUUGUGUUGUGUUGUGUGUUUUUUAGCAUCUCCAAAUCCAAAGAACCGUUUGCUCCGUCAUUUUUAUGCCAAACUAACUUUCCCAUUUUUCUCCUUUUAGAGAGAGAAAACGUUCAGAUUGCAAGAGAGAGGAAGAAGAAAAAAAGGAAAAUUUAUUUUUGUGUGCUGAAAAUGGUUGAACUGGAAAUCCAAUUCCAAACAAGGGUGUAAGAAAAAAAAUUGAAUAUUUAUUUGAUGGGUAUCUUUGAAACUAUGAUCUUGUGAAAACCCAGAUAGGAAAUCUUCGAUGCGUUGAUUGAUAGAGAGAUUGUGGGGAUUCUUUUUUGUUUGCCGUUGAUUGAGAAAUGGACGGUGGCGAUGAGGCCGUUGUAGCUCCGGAGGGUCCACAGCAACCGCUUGAGUGGAAAUUCUCGCAAGUUUUUGGCGAACGUGCGGUUGGAGAGGAAGUUCAAGAAGUGGACAUAAUUUCGGCUAUUGAAUUUGACAAAUCUGGUGACCAUCUUGCUACCGGUGAUCGUGGUGGUCGAGUAGUUCUCUUUGAGCGGACAGAUACAAAAGACAAUGGAUCGAGAAGGGAUUUGGAGAGAAUGGACUAUUCUAUCAGGCAUCCUGAAUUCCGCUAUAAAACUGAGUUUCAGAGUCACGAGCCCGAGUUUGAUUAUCUUAAGAGCUUGGAAAUAGAAGAGAAAAUUAACAAAAUCAAAUGGUGCCAAACAGCUAAUGGUGCUUUGUUCCUUCUAUCUACAAAUGACAAAACAAUCAAAUAUUGGAAGGUUCAAGAAAAGAAGGUGAAGAAAGUUUCUGAAAUGAAUAUCGACCCUUCAAAAGCAAUGGGAAAUGGAUCUAUUGCUAGUUCAAGUAAUUCGAGUAACUCUAAGCCACAUCUUGCAAAUGGAGGAUCCUCAGAUAAAUCAUAUGGUUAUCUAAGCAAUGAUUUCUCAUUUCCACCAGGAGGCUUACCUUCGCUAAGAUUACCCUCGGUAGUAGCUAGCCACGAGACCAGUCUAUUGGCUCGAUGCCGUCGAGUAUAUGCACAUGCUCAUGACUAUCACAUCAAUUCUAUUUCAAAUAACAGCGAUGGAGAAACUUUCAUAUCGGCUGAUGAUUUGCGUAUAAAUCUUUGGAACUUGGAAAUUAGCAAUCAAAGUUUUAAUAUUGUUGAUGUAAAGCCUGCAAAUAUGGAGGAUCUGACUGAGGUUAUAACAUCAGCAGAAUUUCACCCUACACAUUGUAAUACAUUGGCCUAUAGCAGUUCAAAGGGUUCAAUUCGUCUUGUUGACUUGCGGCAGUCAGCCUUAUGCGAUUCUCAUGCCAAACUAUUUGAGGAACAGGAGGCACCUGGGUCCAGAUCAUUUUUCACAGAGAUUAUUGCUUCUAUCUCAGAUAUAAAAUUUGCAAAGGAAGGAAGAUAUAUUCUUAGUCGUGAUUACAUGACUCUGAAGUUAUGGGAUAUUAAUAUGGAUUCUGGCCCAGUUUCAACGUUCCGGGUUCACGAGUACUUAAGGCCAAAGCUAUGUGAUUUAUACGAAAAUGACUCCAUUUUUGACAAGUUCGAGUGUUGUCUGAGCGGUGAUGGAUUGCGUGUUUCAACUGGUUCUUACAGCAAUCUAUUCCGUGUGUUCGGUUGUGCCCCGGGAAGUACAGAGGCUACUACUUUGGAAGCCAGUAAAAAUCCAAUGAGACGACAAGUUCCAACGCCUUCAAGGCCUUCUAGAUCACUUGGAAACAGUAUCACAAGAGUUGUAAGACGCGGAGCUGAUAACACCGGUGUCGAUGCAAAUGGAAACUCUUUUGAUUUCACUACAAAGUUACUACACUUAGCAUGGCACCCAACUGAAAAUUCAAUUGCUUGUGCUGCUGCAAAUAGCUUAUACAUGUACUAUGCAUGAAGAUAAAUGGUUGGAAAGCAUAUAUAUAUAUAUAUAUAUAUAUAUAUAUUUGCUCGGCUGUUUUCGAGGUUAUUAUGGAGAAGGUUUCUUUUCCAUUCUUACCAACCAUUAAAUUGGAGGCUUCAUGAACUCAACCUACAAGUGCCCUUCAAAAUAUUUCACUGGAGCUCUUACAAAAAAGAUCCAGAAGUUGCAGCAAUUUUUUUUUCUUUCAAAUUUCAUCCUUCUUCUGACCCUAAUAUUCUUUUCCCUCCUUUUUCUGUAUCUUUUUGUGAAAAGAAGGUGCAGUCAAAAUGCUUCAUAUUGUGUUUGGCUUGCAAAAUGAAGAAGAAAAAUGUUAUUGUAGCUCUCCUACAACAGAUAAAGAUACAAGAUAAAAAAUGUAGUUGUUUUUCUUUUUGCCUAGAUAAUUAAGAUAGAUGUGUCUUGUGGGAUGGAGCAGUGGAAACAUGCAGUGCAUCAUUUUUUCAUUGAUUAUAUUUUUGUGUUGGGAAUUUAAUUUGAGCAAUGUUUCAAUGUCUUAGUGAAUUUGCUAUACACGGUCAAUUUUAUGUAUGUAUUAUGUUAAAAGGAAGUAAUAAUUUUAGGAUAAACAUGGAUUGUUUCUAUUUCCUUGUCAUCAUGGAUUGGUUCAUUUUGCUGUUAUGUUGACAUGUAUUUUGUUGGUUUC